CCAGUGACUGUGCGGACCCCCCUGUUUCAGUAAUGGUACGUUCCUAAGGGAAGCGAGGUGAAGCGUGAACGAGUGAAAGACUUCGUUUGGACAGAGUUCUUAGAUUAAAAUUUCAGCAGUACUGACCAGACAUUUUCACUCUAGCGGUGUGAACUUCAUUAGACCAAGUGUGAAGAUGUCCUGUGUUAAGGAGGAGUGUGAGGACGUCAGUGUCAUGGAGGUGUCUGGACUGAAGACAGAGGACAAAGAGAUAAAGGAGGACCUACCAACCUGUAAGCCUGUUACGUAGCAGGUACGCAUGUUGACAUCAAAGUAUGCAGAACCAUUAUUUCGAGACGUCGAAGAGGAAUGUAAAUCGGACACAAAGCCAUUUCCAGAAGAAUAUAGCGCACGAAUAUCGGACUUGAACGCUGAGCAGGAAACAAGCUUCAGUGCUGCUGAUGCCUCCCACCUGAAAGAGCACCAACAUCAGUUGGACAUCCAUGAAGGACAGAGACCUCAUCAGUGCUCUCAUUGCGAGUUGAGGUUCAAGUACAUGUCAACUUUAAUACGGCAUGAAAAGACUCACACUAGAAAAAAGUCUUCCACCUGCUGCGAAUGUGGGAAGAGCUUCUCCUCUGCAAGGUCUCUCAGGUUUCACAUGGACAUGCAUGCAGGAAAAGAACAUCAUCAGUGCUCGCAGUGUGGUUGUCGUUUCAGCAGUUCACCACAGUUAAGACAGCAUGAAAAGACUCACACACAGAAGCCUUUCACCUGUUCUGAGUGCGGAAAAGGGUUUUCAGAUUCAGGCUGCCUUAAAACCCACAUGAGGAUUCAUACUGGAGAAAAGCCUUUCACCUGCGCUCACUGUGGGACAGGGUUCACCACUUUAGGCGCUUUGAAAAGCCACCUAUAUCUUCAUACAGGAAUCAAACCUCAUAAGUGCCCCAUAUGUAGAAAGACAUUCACACAGCUCUCGUGGUUACAUGCACACCAAAGGAUUCAUAUUGGGAAAGAUGCUUUUACCUGUUCUCAUUGUGGAAAGACCUUCAGAAGAAAGAUCAGCUGUGAAAUCCACAUGAAGGUUCAUAACAGAGAGAAGCGUGCUACCUGCUCUGAGUGUGGAAAAGGUUUCACAAGAUCACGAUAUCUUAAAAUCCACAUCAUGACACAUACUGGGCAAAAGCCCUUUUCCUGCUCCGAGUGUGGAAAAGGCUUUUCUAACUCAAGAAACCUUAAAAACCACCUGACGAUUCAUACCGGAAAAAAGCCCUUUACCUGCUCCGAGUGCGGAAAAGGUUUCUCCUAUUCACGAACCCUCAAAAAACACAUGUUAAUUCAUACUGGAGAGAAGCCUUUCACCUGCACCCAUUGUGGAAGAGGUUUUUCAGUAUCCGGCAACCUUAAAGCCCACAUUAUGAUUCAUACCGGAGAAAAACCUUUUACCUGCUCAGAGUGCGGGAAAGGUUUUGCAAAAUCAUGCCACCUUAGAAGACACGUAAUGAUUCAUACUGGAGAAAAAAGAUUUAUCUGUUCCGAGUGCGGAAAAGGUUUUACCGAAUCAGGCAGCCUUAAAGUUCACAUGAUGUUGCACACUGGGGAAAAGCCCUUUACCUGCCUUUUGUGUGGAAAGGGGUUUUUGACGUCAUCCUGCAUGAAAACCCACUUGAUGAUUCACACUGGAGAAAAGCCUUUCACCUGCUCGGAGUGUGGAAAAGGUUUUUCAAAGUCAUGCCAUCUCAAAAGCCAUGCAGUGAUUCAUACUGGAGAAAGGCCAUUCACCUGCUCUGAGUGCGGAAAAAGUUUUGCAAGAUCCAGCAACCUCCAGUCCCACAUGAUGAUUCAUACCGGAGAAAAGCCUUUCGUGUGCACUCAGUGUGGGAAGGGUUUCUUUAGGCUGCAUGACCAUAAACGCCACAUGAUGAUUCAUACUGGAGAAAAGCCUUUCACCUGCUCCGAGUGCGGAAAAGGUUUUACAGAAUACGGCAACCUUAAAACUCACACAAUGAUCCAUACCGGUGAAAAGCCUUUCAGCUGCACUCAGUGCGGGUCCAGUUACACGACAGCAGCCGCUCUGAGAAAACACGUCUCCAAACAUGCAAGAACCAAAGCAGAAUCAGGGCUCUGAAAGUGGGGAGAGUUUCCUACAACUCACGCAGUUAAACGUUCACCAGGAGCUUCAUACCAGAAACCAAACUUGUACCUCUCCUUAAUGUGGGAGAAAGAAAGACUUUAAAACCCAUUAUGGAUCUUUUUAACUGCACAAGUCGUGGUUAAAGGUACACCGAGAGAUUCAUACUGGGAACAGAACUUGUAUGUCUUCUUAAUGUGGGAGAAAAAAAGACUCUAAACCCAGUAUAUGAUCCACACUGGGGAAGGCAAUUUACCUGCACUCGGUGUGGAAAUGUUUCUUCAAAAUUGUGCUGUUUUAAAUUCAAAUGAUGAUUCAUACUGGAGAAAAUGGCAUUCACCCUCUCUGAGUGCGGAAAUAGUUAUUAAACAAGCAAUUUUAAAACUCUCAUGAAGCAUAAUAAGGAAAUAAGCCUUCUACAUGCAGUUUAAGGCUUAUUUACAUCAGCUCACUGUAAACACCACAGGAUGAUUCAUACUGGAGAACAGCCUUUUACCUGUUCUCAGCGUGGAGGAUUAUUGUGUGACCAGCCAGUGACUUCUCAGCGUGUCAUUCUGAAAGGUGGAUAGGAAGGUGUAUUAACACUAAUAUCUUCUUAUAAAUGUACAAGUAAAAGACAAAAACAUUGGGAACAUGGUGUACAGCUAAAUCACAGUGUUUAAAGUAUAGUGUAUGUUUUCUCAAAAAGUGUGUUUCAUCAUUUAUCAUAAUGAACUAUGAACAUGAACUACACACACAUUAUCAAAGCCAUUUAUCCGUCUGGGUCACAGGGGGUGCUGUGUAUCCCAGCGCUCAUUGGACAGAAGGCAGGAAACACCCUGGACACCAGUCCAUCACUGUGCAAACACAUACAUCCACACUCACAGUCACACCUAGGGGCAAUUUACCGUGUCCAGUUGGCCUGACUGCAUGUAUUUUGGACUGUUGGGAGUAAAUCCAUGCACACAAAGAGAAAACAUGAAAACUCUGCACAGAAAGGACCCUGAUCACCUGGCCAAGCAAUCAAACCCAGGCCCUUCGUGCUGUGAGGCUGCAGUGCUACCCACUGUCCAAUUAUGGAGCUUUAAUGGAUUUUCAGUUGAUUUCAGCUCAGUUUACAGAGAGUAGGACUGUUCUCUUCCUGUCUCUCUGUUGAAAGAUGAUGAAUAAUUCCUGCCUUCUGCUGCUCUGAGGCUCUGCUCCUGAUUUUACUACAGCCACAGAUGAGGCCACUGAUGGGACGAUAUGGAGGCCAGAAUGUUCUGGAAUCACUGGGGCAGCCAGUAAACAUUCAGGACUGGACGAUACAGUAGUGAGGUUUGACUGUAAUGAGUAAUAAAAAUAUUAAAACAUUA